UGAACUGAGUAUAGUUGUUCUCACUUCCCAUUUCUCAUUUCUCAUUUCUUAAACUCUAAUCUCCCUCUCUGUCCUUCAUUGAAGCUCGCGCCCCCAUCACGAGCCUCCUCAUCUCAACUCAAAUCCACUAUUUCUUCGCUUUUAGCUUUUCUUUCAUCUUCAUUCACUCAAAAUUCGAACCUAGCACCCCCCCAAUGCCCAGAUUCUUUUUCUUCAAUCUCAGAACAACCUAAGCAGAUAUCUUCAUUUUCGUUUCGUUUUUACUUCCAUCAUGAAGAGGGAGCAUAACCAACUCGACCCACCAGCCAAUUCGGCGCCCGACGCUGGAAAAGCCAAGAUGUGGGAGGACGAUGCAGCGGCGGCUGCGGAUGGAGGGAUGGAUGAGCUGUUGGCGGUUUUGGGUUACAACGUGAAGUCUUCAGACAUGGCGGAGGUUGCCCAGAAACUUGAACAGCUUGAAGAAGCUAUGUGUAGUGUUCAAGUUGAUGGGUUUUCUCAACUCGCUUCGGAUUCGGUUCAUUAUGACCCGUCGAAUUUGUCCACGUGGCUCGAAGGGAUGCUCUCCGAGUUCAACCCGGACCCGUCCACAAUCACUUCUAUCGAUUUCCCGAAUCAGCGACGGAUUUUUGAAGAAGCUUGUACUUCCGAUUACGAUCUCAAAGCGAUUCCCGGUAAGGCCAUGUAUAAUGACAAUACUGCCUCGUCCAUUUCCACGACCAGAGAUCCCAAACGCUUGAAGACUGAGAUGUACCAACCCGAGUCAACUCGUCCCGUCAUCCUGGCUGACUCACAGGAGAACGGAAUUCGUCUCGUUCACGCUUUAAUGGCGUGCGCGGAAGCCGUUCAGCAAAACAACCUCACUAUCGCUGAAGCCUUCGUUAAGAAUAUUCGGUAUUUGGCGAUUUCUCAAGCCGGCGCGAUGGGGAAAGUCGCCACGUGCUUCGCGGAUGCCGUUGCGGGUCGAAUCUACGGGCACUACCCGCAGAACCCGAUCGAUCAUAACUUCGCGGAUCUUCUCGAAAUGCACUUCUAUGAAACUUGCCCGUAUUUGAAAUUCGCUCAUUUCACUGCGAAUCAAGCCAUUCUUGAAGCGUUUGAAGGUAAAAAACGAGUUCAUGUAAUUGAUUUCUCUAUGAAUCAAGGUAUGCAGUGGCCGGCUUUAAUGCAGGCUUUGGCGUUGCGGCCCGGCGGGGCGCCCAAGUUUCGACUCACCGGGAUUGGCCCGCCGGCCCCGGAUAACUCGGACCAUUUACAAGAAGUUGGCUGGAAGUUGGCCCAGUUGGCGGAAACCAUUCAAGUUCAGUUUGAGUACAGAGGUUUUGUUGCUAAAAGUUUGGCCGAUCUUGAUGCCUCCAUGUUGGACCUCAGACCGAGUGAGGUUGACUCGGUUGCUGUCAACUCAGUCUUCGAGUUACACAAACUCUUGGCCCGGCCCGGUGCUAUUGAUAAAGUACUUUCGGUGGUGAAAAAUGUUAAGCCGGAUAUCCUCACCGUUGUUGAGCAAGAAGCGAAUCAUAAUGGUCCGGUUUUCUUCGACCGGUUCACUGAGGCGUUGCAUUAUUAUUCCACCAUGUUUGACUCGUUGGAGGGCUCAGUGAGUGGCCCGGAGAAGGCCAUGUCCGAGUUGUACCUGCAGAAGCAGAUUUACGAUGUCGUGGCUUACGAAGGAGUUGACCGAGUCGAGCGCCACGAGACGCUGGCUCAGUGGCGAACCCGGUUCGGCUCGUCCGGGUUUCUCCCUGUUCACCUGGGCUCGAACGCGUUCAAACAAGCCAGUAUGUUGCUGGCGUUGUUCGCCGGCGGAGAGGGGUACCGAGUGGAGGAGAAUAACGGUUGCUUGAUGUUGGGUUGGUACACGAGGCCGCUCAUUGGCACCUCGGCUUGGAAACUCGCCAACAAACCUGUUAGGUUUCACUGAGUCUCUCUGAGUUGACUCGCUAGUAGUGUAUCAAAAAAUUUGCUGUGAAUGUGCUAAUCUGAGCUGGGUUCCCAUGAAUGAGACCCACCACCGUCUCAUUCUUUUUUUUUCCCCCCCGUAAAUUUCUUGCCAUUAUUUUUAAUUUAAUUUUCUGUUUUUAGGUA